CACACACACACACACACACACACGCGGAACAGGAGUGUCAGGUGUCUCACUGCGCGCUCUGUCUCUUUUCUCUGCCUUUCCGUGGGAGCAGGUGACGCAGUGAAGGUGUGGAGACUUUCAGGAGUUUUAAACUCUGAGGAAUGAAAAAUAUCUAAAAACAAACAAACCCCAAAAAAUCCAGACAAGAAUCAGCUGAAAGAGCAGGUCUGUUUCAACAAGCAGUGGUGAGGAAACCCGAGACUCUGUUGAGAAAUCGGACAAAACGAAGGCAGGGUUUGAUAGAUGCUGAAAUAAAAAUAGCUCUUGAAGGGUGUGGUGAUGGAGUCGGCGCCGUUCAGUCGGAAGCAGUGGUCAUCUCAGUCGUUACGCGUCACAGCUAAAGAGCUGUCGCUGGUCAGCACUCGAGGAAAACACAACGCCAUCGCAGAGCGCUUCUCCAAAUAUCAGAAAGCUGCAGAGGAAGCAAAUGCAGACAAGAAAAAAACGCCAGUGGAGAGCCUGCCUUCUGCAGUCCGCUCAGGGAACCUGAGUGUGUUGAAGAAGCGCUGGGAAGAAAAGCGGCAGAACGCACCGACCGCACCUGGCCCUCCGGCUGAACCUCGAGCUCCCGCUCGCACCCACAGCUUCAGACCUGUGAGGGUUCAGGAACAGAAGAAAGCUGAGGCGGAGGAAGUGAUGGAGACAAAGCAGGAGAUGAAGCAGGAGCUAAAGCCAGAGCUGAAGCAGGAGGUGAAGGUGGAGCUAAAGCCAGAGCUGAAGCAGGAGCUGAAACCUGAGCUGAAGCAGGAGGUGAACCUGGAGACAAAGAAGGAGAUGAAACAAGAGCUGAAGCAGGAGGUGAAGGUGGAGCUAAAGCCAGAGCUGAAGCAGGAGCUGAAACCUGAGCUGAAGCAGGAGGUGAACCUGGAGACAAAGAAGGAGAUGAAACAAGAGCUGAAGCAGGAGGUGAAGGUGGAGCUAAAGCCAGAGCUGAAGCAGGAGCUGAAACCUGAGCUGAAGCAGGAGGUGAACCUGGAGACAAAGAAGGAGAUGAAACAAGAGCUGAAGCAGGAGGUGAAGCUAGAGAUGAAACCAGUGCUGAAGAAGGAGGUGAAGCAGGAGGUGAAGGAGGAGGUGAAGCAGGAGCUGAAGCUGGAGCUGAAACCAGCGCUGAAGGAGGAGGUGAAGCAGGAGCUGAAGCUGGAGCUGAAACCAGCGCUGAAGGAGGAGGUGAAGGAGGAGCCGAAACUGGAGCUGAAACCUGUGCUGAAGAAGGAGCUGAAGCAGGAGGUGGUGGUGGACGAAGAGCAGAAGAAGGAAGUGGAGAAACCGAGCGUUGCUCUCAACAGCCUUAAGCAGAUGUUUGAGAAAGGUGAAACCAAGGUACGACGCAUAAGCAGCUCUUCACAAGACGCGGAUAUUCGACCUGCAGACCGAGGUCUGGUCUCUCUGGAACGUUCCAAGUCUCUGAGGGACAGAAUGGCGAAGUAUCAAGCCGCCGUGUCCAAACAAGACACUCGCAGUGGCCAGAGCUCGCCGGCUGAGACCGAGGUCAAAAGUUCAGCGGCGGAUCUGAAGGAAAAUGCGCCUCCGAGUGGUGGAGAAGAGAAUGAGAAAGAGCGAGCCCCUUCAGAGGCGAUGAGCACCAGACCCAAUGGUGUGUUCUCUGAAACAGGAAGUUCAAGCACUGCAGCGUCUGAGCCUGAAACCAGUGACACGCCCAGAUUUGUCAGAGGGCAGAAGUUUCGUGCUACUGUGCGGGAGACUUGCGUUGCUUGCGAUAAGACCGUUUACCCGCUGGAGAAACUGGUGGCCAAUCAGCAAACCUUCCACAACUCCUGUUUCCGCUGCACUCACUGCAACACCAAACUCAGCUUGGCGAACUUCGCCUGCCUGCAUGGUAGCAUCUACUGCAAGCCUCACUUCAAUCAGCUCUUCAAGUCCAAAGGUAACUACGACGAGGGCUUCGGACACAGGCCUCAUAAGGAGCUUUGGACAGCCCGAGGUGAGGACGAGGAGACCGAAGAGUCUGAAAAGCCAAAACCUGUAUCACCUGAACCCGUACCAGUUAAAGGGCUCAGUUCAGAAAAAGUCUUCAAUCAAAACUCCACAGUCGAGGCAACUCCGAUAGCCAAAGUCACCGAUCUUACAUCAACUCUGGAGACCAAAACUCAGACGGUUCAAGAAGCCGAGAAACCUGCAGUUUGUGUGGAAACAAAAAGAUUGAAGAUCGCUUGGCCACCUCGUGGUGAAACGUCCGGUUCUGGUCAGGAAAGAGGAAGGAGUCCGGUUAAAGCCUUCAAGCUAAAAUGGCCCCCAGAGGAAGAUGUCCAGUCCAGUCUGGAGAGCACAGAGCGAGUGGAGUUGAGGAAUCUGAGACGCAGCGCAUCUCUCCGAGAACGUAGUCGACCUUUUUCUGUGGCACCGAGAAUGGAGUCCACCAAUCAGGAUCCACCACGCCCACUCAAGAGCACUCUGACUCGGCGUGGCUCUCUGGAGCUUCAGUCGCCUUCCAAAGUACAGAUGGUCCAGAAGGAGAAAGAGGAGGAGAGUUCAGAGAUUAAAAUAAGGAAGCCCUCCGAGUCCGAGCACAAGGCUUUAAACAGCAGUGAUGUGGAGGUUCCUCCGAAACAAGAGGAGAAACCCAAAAUCCCGCAAUCCAUCCUGAAACGACCUCAAACAAACAAAACAGAGGCUUCUGAUGACCGGGCUGAGGAGAAACCAAAACAAACUCCGGAGCUUCAGAAAGCUUCACCUCCACAAGCUGCGGAGAGCAACAGGACGUCUGAAGACGUGGGAUUCUGGGACGGAGAAGAAGCAGAUGAAUCCCUCAGCAUGGAGGAAGUGAUCAAGAGGAACCGAUUCUAUGAAGAUGAAGAUGAUGAAGUUGCUGAAGUUUGAGACCGUUCACUCCUUCCUCAGGGUCUGCUCAGACGCUCACAGCGUUAUUAGAAUCAUGUAAAAUAAUUUGAAAAAAAAAAAAGCCAUAAACGCUCGAGGUGACGAGGUUCUUCUUCUUCUUUUUCUUCUUCUUCAUAUUUUAUUUUCAGCUUCAUCAUCUGUGUUUCUGACAGGAUUUAAAAAAACAAAAACAAGCACAUUAUUUUAUGACAGGUGCUCUAAAUGUCACCACUUUAUCUACUGUUUUUUUUGUUUAGAGCUGGAACAAAAUGCUGAUUUUAUUGUUGAGGGUUUUUUUAAUUCCUUCUCUCAGCAGCCCUACUGGAACAUAAUAACCUUUUUAUUUAUAUAUUGUUUUUAGCUUUUAAAGGGAUUUGAUGGUCUGUCUUUUGCCUGCUACGACCCAUGUAGCUGGUCCAUUUGUCCAGAAAGCCUUUAAUACCUCCAGCACUCAGAACAUUCCAGAUGUUUUAGAUGAAUCUUUCAAAAAUGAAGACGUUAGGAGUAGCUGCUAUCGACCUCCAUUACUAGAUGAUAAUUAUUCAUAACGAGAGCUCAGCUCAUCAUGAACACAGUUUAUUUUGCCUUAAAAUCAAUAUUAUGCAAAUUUUGAACAGUUAAAUAUCCUAGAGUCUGGAUAAACAGGAGAAUAAUAGCGGCCCUAAAGCAGAGCCUUGUGGGAUUCAUUUCUGACGCUUCUUUACGUUUUGGAAAUCCUGCAAUAUUAGAGACGCAAUAAUAAUAAUAAUUUAUAGAUAAAGUGUUCUGUCUUUAUGAACAGUAAAGAAGCUAAUGCUUAUUUUAAAGUGCAGAAAACAAUCAAACAGUUGCUUAUUAUGACGGUUCCUGAGAAAUCACAAUGUUAUAAUAUUAUAAACUAUAAAAACAUGCACAAACGUGAUUUCAUGUGAUUUGGUGUGAUGCAGAGCUCCAGGUUCAUGAAAGCGAGAAACGAGUCACGAUGACACUCUGAUCACUCCGUCACUGUGGAGCUCACUUCUUAUCAUCUCUUUCUUUAUUUUUUAAAAGAAAUUCUACAUUAGCAAAUUCAACAGGCCAAAUGAUUUUAUACAGCAAUGUUUUUUGUUUAUAAAUUUGUUAAUAAUAUAAUAAACUGGAACAAGUUUUUCUUUACUAAAAGUUUAGAUUUUUACCUUUUAUGUUUAUACGCCCGAGUCGUGCUGCAGAUUUUACACCAAUUCUUUAAAAUGAUUUUUUAUUUAUACUUGAUUUAUUUUUUAAUUUCAGGGCAUGAAAGAGUCUCAGAGAAUCUCUCUCUCUCUCUCUCUCUCUCACACACACACACACACACACACACACACACGUUCUGGUCUGACCUCCAUCUCAGUGCCUCUCCGUCUGUCUUAAUGCUCUUUUUUACCUUUUUAUGUUAAGGAUCCUGGUUAUAAGCAGAUGUUUAUAUUCUGUUCUUUAUAAAGAAACCAAACCAAACAAAACUUUAUCUGCCUUAAAAUAUGAAAAAACAUUGGUGAAGUGUAAGGCUUUAAUAAAUGUAAUAAAUGAUUUGAGAGACUGUU